AUGCCUCCUCUCCGCCCCUUCAACCUCAACCUCCGCCUCUCCCUCCGCCAAUCUUCCCACCGCCUCUCCUCAACCUUCUCCUCCCGCCCCGCGCCCCCAAAGCUCCCCGCCGCCCAACAAGCCGAAUUCGAGCGCCUCCAGCGCGCCGCCGCCGUCUCCUCCGCCUUCCAGGAAAUCCAGACGACCCAAACCCCUCCCUCAACGGAAUCUCCCCGCCACGCAACAAACGUCGCCGCCGCCGCCACAAACACCAACACCAGCGACGGCGAGAGUUCCCUCAACCAGGGCCUGUUCCGCGGCGCGCCGCCCGAGUUCGAGGGCGACAAGAAUCCCAAGACGGGCGAGAUUGGCGGGCCUAAGAACGAGCCUUUGAGAUGGGGCGGUAAUGGCGACUGGAGCUAUAAUGGGAGAGUGACGGAUUUUUAA